CCUGGUGAAACGCUCAAAACUUGAAGAAGAAAAAAAGAAAAGCACCAGUGGGUUUCAUUCCCUCUUUGAACAGAGAUGGUGUUGAACCGUUCAGCUACUCCGUGUCAGUGAUUGACGUGAGAAACGGGUGGAUGAUUGGUUCUGGUCUUAUUGGGAGACGCGGUUGUUGAUGCAUGCGGUUAGAAAACUUCAUACGGAGGCAGAGAGAAUGGAUUAAUUUCUACCCGUGCUUUUUUUUUCUUUUUGGACCCUUUGUGGAGUUUUUAAAUUACAUCUUCAGAAAGUGAACACAGCGUUGUUGGCCGGCGAAAACAUGACACACAAAUGAUGUUUAACAUUUCUAUAGAUGGAGGUUCAUUCUCUAAAAACUUGGAGGACUUCGACUCUAUUCGCAGUGUUCUCCUUUACAGUGACUUGGAACCAGAAUGGCUGGACGACAUCCAGAAGAACGGCGAGCUUUUCUACCUGGAGCUGAGUGAGGGCGAAGAGGAGGCUGCGUUGGCCCAAGCCGCCGCCAAUCAAGGCGUGUCCACCAAUCAUGUUCGCUUCAGCGAAAAGGAGGCAGAGAUCAUCACAGAGCAAAACAAGAAGCAGCGAUGCGGCUCACGGGCGAAAGGUGAGCCCACGCUUAAAAGGCUUGCCAGGAUCCUGAGGAGAAAACGCCGGCCAUCUCAGCGCAGAGGAGGCGGGAAGGACGGGGGUAAAGACAACUCCGCCUUGUCGUCACCUCCGACGUCCAUCCUGAAGAACCAGCCGGGUCAGAGGCAGGGCGUGACGGUUCAGCAGCAGCAGCUGAAGGAAGUGUGUGUCUACCUCAACCCCAAACGUCUCGGAGGUUCAUCUACACCUCUGUCCGACAGCGGAGGCCUGCUGGAAGUGCUGUUGGGGGUGGUGCAUCGGCCCUCCUGGAGUAGAGGACAGGUAGAUCCUGCAGUGGUCAGACAGGAGGAAAGACUGACUGUUCACGGAUUAAUACCCAACAGCCCGGCCAUCAAAUGUGGCCAGAUCCUAAUUGGUGAUGUGCUUGUAGCGGUGGACGAUGUGGACGUGACAUCGGAAAACAUCGAGCGGGUUCUGUCCUGCAUCCCAGGACCAACACAGGUGAAGCUGACCUUGGAGACGGUGGCUCUGGUGGAUGGCAGCAGUGCGAGCGACACUUCAUCAGUCCGUAAAACGAAGGCUUCUCCGCCAGUCAGUCAGUUGGUGCGUCUGCUGUGGGGGGAGGACACAGCCGAACUUCAGAUGUCCAUCGGACACAUCCCGCAUAUUGUCAUGUACCUCUCACUUAAACUGGACUCAGCAUCGCCACAGGAAGAGGAGGAGAUCUUGUACCAAUAUCCCGUGUCUGAGGCAUCCAGCCAGCUGAAAGGAGUGAGAGGGAUCUUCCUCACGCUGUGUGACAUGCUGGAAAAUGUCACAGGAGGGCGGAUAAUCAGUUCCUCUCUGCUGCUCGGGAAACAUCUGGUACAUGUAAGCUACUGGAAGGAAAGCAACAACCUUCUGGUCAUCGGUCUUCCCGCUGAGAGGGUUCCACUGCUGUAUCUGCAGACGGUGGUGGGAGACGUAGUCCGGACUCUAAAAGUGAUGUACGGCUCCUUAGACAGUGCCUUCUGUAAGGUGGACCACGCUCCCAGGUUGGACCAUUUCUUCUGCCUGUUCUUCCAGCAGCUCAUCCAGCCGUCUCGCUUGAGGGAGGGCUCCUUAGCCCCUCCGACCGACGUCUCAGGAACACUUUUCCUCCAAGGACUGCCGGCGGUCCGAUGGCUCACGCUGCCUCCAGAAAUCAAGAUGGAGGUGGACACUGUUCUCUCUGACUUUGAGUCUUCUGAUUUUGGAGAAAUGUCUGAGGACUUCUUCGGUCUGAGGCGUCUCUAUGUUAUUCUUGGCUCCUGUUUGUUCUACAAGUCCUACCUGAUCGCCAACCAUCUGCCUAAAGAGGACCUGCUGGAUGUGUGCCUGUACUGCCAGCACUACUGCCUGCUGCCGCUGGCGUCCGAGCAGCGGGUCGGUCAGCUCGUCAUCUGGAGGGAGGUGUUUCCCCAGCAGAGAGCCAACGGUAACAGCACAGCAGCGCCGGGCUACGACCAGCCUCAAGGACGACACUUCCUCCUCAUAGUGGGCCUGAGGCAUUUCAUGCAGUGUGUACUGUUGGAAGCAGGCGGCUGUGCUUCACCAGCUUUGGGCUCUCCAGGACCAGAUUGUGUUUACGUAGAUCAGGUGAAGGCCACCUUGCUGCAGCUGGAGGCGUUGGAGGCGGGUAUUGAGGAGCGUCUGAACGCUCCACCCGCUCCCUGCCUCUCCUGUGCUGACUGGUUUCUCCCGGCCGCUACGGCUCGCGACCGCCUGGACAGCCUGGCCUCUUCGUCCCCGGUUUUCAGCAAGCUGGUUAAAGGCUCCUCUGCUGGCUCCAGAGGACGCAGCCUGUUCGGGGAGAAAGCCCGGAGGUCCAGCCCACAGAGGAGCCUGUCAGACAGCGGGAGUGAGGGACAGAUGGACGCUGGGUCAGGGUCUGGUUCAUCAAUGGCACCAGGCCUCAGUCCGCACUCAACGCCAGACUCUGCGAGGAAGCUCGGGGGGCGAAGGGACUCGCUGGGGUCUGGAGGGUCUGAUGGGAGUGGAGGCAGCGGAGGCCUCUUCAAGAUUCCCAGGAUGAAGCAUCCAAACCCGUUCUACCUGGGCACCCUGAAGAAGACCCUGACUGAAAGGGAGACAGAGGAGAUGUAUAACACAAUGAAACUCACCUCGGGUGCAGAGAACACCUUGUUCCAUUAUGUCCUGAUGGAAACGGUUCAGGGGAUCUUCAUCGCUCCCACCCACAGAGAGGUGGCUCAGCUCAGCGGCUCCAUUCACCCGCAGCUCAUCCGCAACUUCCACCACUGCUGCCUGUCCAUACGGGCCGCGUUUCAGCAGAGCCUGCCAGCCAGGGGUCGUCGGGCUGCAGACAGGCCUCAGGGCGGUGGUUGGGGUCUCGGCCCGGUGAAGGAACAUGGCGUGCUGUUCCAGUGUAAACCUGAGAACUGGACCGACCAGAGGAAACCUGCUCCCACCAUGACCUACUGGGUUAUAGGACGGAUGUUGCUCGAGCCCGUCCCUCAGGAAUUCUACGUGUGCUUCCACGAUUCGGUGGCAGAGGUUCCUGUAGAAAUGGCCUUCAGGCUCUCGUUCGGUCUGGCCUUGUGACGCGAUCAUCUCCUCCGGUUAGAUCGCUGACAAAUGAAGGACGCACAAACACAAGAUUUCAGGAGUUGCACUCUCAGGAAAAACGGCUCAGCAGUGCCUCGUUGCUCAACCAGAGAUGUGUUAAAGGGUCUUUAUGUGUUUCAGUGAAUACCUCAGACACCUUUAGUGUAAACCUCUGACGAGACCUUCCAGUGAGAGCUGCCGUAAAGUUUACAGAGCUGGACCG